GAGCGAGGCGUGUAAAUAAGCCAAAAAUGGUUAGGACGAAAGCUGAUAGUGUUCCUAGUAGCUACAGGAAAGCGGUGGCUGCUUCUGCACCCAGGAAGUCACUUGGCGCCUCCAGCUCGGGGAACUCCUCCGGCAGUAGCUCUCAAGCCGCCACACCCGGAAAGAAUAAGUAUGCCGGUGGAAACCCUGUCUGUCCACGUCCAACCCCAGAAUGGCAGAAGGGUAUCGGAGACUUCUUUGGUGGCCCGAGCAGGAAGCCAGAGAAGGAGAACGUCCAUCCUGUUUCUGAUGGAGAGGAGGCUGGGGGCAGCGGCAUGUCCAAAGCACCCCGGAAGUCCAGACCGCUUCCAGAUGAAGAUGAGGAUGAUGAAUAACUCCUAAUCUUUGUUCAGUGUAUUGAAUCCCCUCAUUGGUACCAUGACCUUCAUGAUUUCUUUUUUUAGUGUAAAUCUUUGUACAUACUUUUUAUGUUUUCAUUUUUGUACAGAAGUUUAAUAAACUGUCUUUCAAGUUA